GGGGACCGUUUUACUAACAGAGUUACGCUAGCGUAUGUCUACGAUUUUCGUAAUUCCUUGCGUACGUUUGAAAUUUUUGCGCAAAUGCGUUUUACUAAAAAAUGCGUACGUAAGUUUUACGUAAGUUUUAACGCAACUUUACGAACAAAAAAAGCAUGCGUAAGCAUUCAGUAGUUUCGUAAAUAUGGCCGCGUUAUUUCCGAGAAGGAACGCUCGAAGGAGAAAUCCAAGGAUUUUUAGAGAUCGACCAAACUAUCUAAAUGUUCUGACAGAGCAAGAAAUACAGCGAAAGUAUAGACUGUCAAAAACACAAAUCUACACAGUCCAUGAAUUAAUUAAGGACGACAUAUCGCCGCAAUGUAACAGAAGUCACCCAUUGUCGUCAAUGACGAAGGUAAUAUAGAUUAACAUAUUUUGAUUUUGUUGUAUCAUUUGAAAUGACAACUUGUUAGAGUGACAGUUUGCCGCAUUCAGAAAAGUACGUGUCAAUAGCGCUUGCGUCCUUGACAUUGUCAACUUUUUAUGAAAAUUAAAUAAUGCGUUUGCCCUUUUUGGAACUGAUAACGCUAUUAAAAUACACAAGUAUUCUUUUAUUUUGUAACAGCUAUGAUUCAUUUUCGAGUGUUACUGAGUUUGUAGAACGCAAUAUUAACUGGAUAUGGGGAACUACAUAUGUAUUACUGUGAAAAGGAUUUUCAUCCGAAAUCUGUAUCCGAAUAGUGAAUCUCAUCCCCCUUUGUUUGGAAAACAUUCUUUGACAAGUUACCUAUGGAAUAUGCCAGAGUUUGGUAUAUAACCUUGUUGAAAAGAUAUUGAUCUCUUUGAUCAAUUUUACAAAAUGCAGUAAGGUUAUUUUAUCAGAUAAUGGCAUGUUAAUAAUGUAGCUUGUUGUGGCAUCCAACGAAGACGAUUUCACAAUGAAAUGGAAUUACUGCAGUAUGGUUUGAUUCUGUGUACAGCAAUUGAAUUGUUGCUGAUAACACUUCAAUUUCUAGCCAAAUCUGAGUUUUACAGUGAAGGUGGCAUGACUCACGGUGUCUCAAGAAGUUCAGUUUGUAAGAGUAUUUGGCAGGUGCUAAAAGCUUUAGACCGCCGCUUGAAUACUGUGGUAUUCCCUACAUCGGAGAGAGAACUGGUCCAAGUGAAACAAAAAUUUUUUGGUAUAGCCGGAAUUCCAAAUGUGAUUGGAGCAGUGGAUUGCACACACAUCGCCAUGUUAGCCCCAAGGGAGAGAGAAGACAUAUAUGUGUGUCGGAAAGGAUACCAUUCCAUUAAUGUACAAGCUGUUGUAGAUGCAAACAUGAGAUUCACUAACAUUGUGGCAAAGUGGGCGGGAUCCACACAUGACAGUGUAAUCUUUGACAACUGUAGCUUGAAGGACUGGCUGGUGGAUGGAAGCAAAGGAUGGCUACUAGGAGACUCCGGCUAUGGACUGAAACCAUAUCUUCUUACUCCAAAGCUGAAUCCAAUGAGCAGAGCUGAGAUCGCGUUCAACUUGGCCCACAGUCGUUCGAGGAUGGUAGUAGAGAGGGCGUUUGGACUGUUGAAGUCACGUUUUAGGUGUCUUCACAAAACUGGAGGCUAUCUACAAUUUUCGCCUCAGAAGAUAGCUCUGGUUGUGACUGUAUGUGCCAAGCUGCACAAUCUGUGUCUGAGUGAUGGCUUCCUUGACAUUGAUGACAUUGACGUAGAAGAUGAUGAUGACAAUGUACAACUGCCACUGGAAAACCCUGACCUGAAUGCGUUGCGUGCACGGGCCUUACUGAUUGAGAGAUUUCACUAAAAAGGGAUUCUAUAUUAAUUUAAUAUAGAAUAGCUUUUUCAGGGA